AUGUCAAUCUCUCGGCGAGAAUUCCUUCGAUACAUCGAAGCGUUUAACGCGAAAGAUUACGCCACGCAGCAUUCCUUCUACCACUCCGAUGUGCGACUCGUAAUCCCGGAUCCCAAAGUCGGAACACUGUACGGACCAGCAGGAAUCAUGAACCAUUACUCGGUCGUCCACGACCUGGCAGAGGAGACGGUUGUCCCAAUGAUCGUUCUAAUUGACGGCGACCUCGUCUUCUUCAUUAUGGAAACCUACUUCCGCUACACCAAACCCACCGACCACGCAGUUCACGGGCACAAGGUUCGGGUAGGAGAUGUAAUCAGGGUGAAAGUGUGGGCUACAUAUGAGAUGAAAGAUGGGAAGAUGCUCCAGAUUACAUGCAAUGGUCUGACCGAUGAGCUUCUUGGACAGAUUGACGUCGACAAGGCAAUUGAGGAUAGCUGGAACCGUGCAGAUGAAAAAGUGAAGGCGGAGUGGAAGCCAAAAUUCUUGAUGUAA